CAGCGCCCUCUUGGUUUCUCCCACCGCUCCCCUUCACCCUUUCUCCUUCUCGUCCCUUCCACCGCCGCUGGCGCAGCGUUCAUCAGGCUCGCCGUCCGGCGACCUCCUGCUGAAGCCGACGUGGUGGUUCAAACCCACAUGUCCAUUAUGCCGGAAUCCCUAUUCUCAGGAUAAGUUUGGUUCUUGGGGUCGGUUUUCAUCCGAGAUUGAGUGGGGUUUUGCUGCAAUAACUUCGUUUCUCUUCGGAAAUGGUUCUAAAAUUCAAUUGGCAUAAGCCUCAUAUGGUUUGAGAGGAAACUAUGUCUCAGUUGGUGAAACAUGGUAACGAUGAUCUUUCAUUUCGUUGGGGUAAGAAAAGAGGCAUAGGUGGCGAAAAUAAGGAUGCUCAGUUUUAUGAAUCUUUCACUUUCGAUAAUGUCGAAUAUUGCUUGUAUGAUUGUGUAUACCUUUUUAAGAAAGGGGAGAAUGAUGCUUACAUUGGAAAAAUUGUGAAAAUCUGGGAGCAAUCCAAUCACAAGAAGAGAGUAAAGAUUCUAUGGUUUUUUCGUCCGUGUGAAAUUCAAAAUUAUCUGAGGGUUUAUUCACCAUUGGAGAAGGAAAUAUUCUUGGCCUCAGGUGAAGGUGUUGGCCUUACAAAUAUCAAUCCAUUGGAAGCUAUAGCUGGCAAAUGCCAUGUGGUCUGCACAUCAGUAGACAAGAGGAAUCUGCAACCUUCCUCCACAGAUGUGGAAUUGGCUGAUUAUAUCUUCUAUCGCGUAUUUGAUGUUGGGAACUAUACAAUAUCUGAUGUACUGGCAGAUACCGUAGCUGGAAUUGAAGUGAAGUUUCUCCUGAACCAAAGGAAAGAUUUGAAGUCAGCUUCUGGUUCAAAGGUUGAUGCAAAUGGGAUCUUUAAUGGUCAGAAAGAUGCCUUUGAUGAUCUACAUGGUCACUCCAAAUCAGCUUCUCCGAAAUCAUUGGAAAAUCGAGAUAACCCUGCAACUGCAAUUGGUUCAUUACCGAUAGAUGGUGGAAAUGAAGGCAAUUAUGACGUAGAGAAACCUAAACACUCUACUGAAGACCUGGCAAAUCCAACUUUGUCUGAUGAAAGGCCGUCUAAGAAAGGGAGACUGAUUGAUGAGGCAUUUAAAUCAUCAGGUGCUUCGCAGAAAGAUAAGGUUGACUCUUGUUUAAGGAAGCGAAAAGUAGAACAUGGUGAGAAGGAGCUCAAAAGGGCCAAGCUUUCUCAUGAGACCUUACAGAAGACCUCUCUUGCUUGCUCAGCACAAAAUGAUGAAAAAGCUGACUCUCAAAAUUUGGAAGUGCUUCAAAGGCCUUAUGCGGAUAGGAGCAAAUGGUUCAAGGGAUUUCCUUGGGACUUAAAAAUUAAAAAAGCUCAUGAGGUUGGAACACUUGUGCUCCUUGACAAUGUUGAUCCAUCAUAUACAUCAUCAGAUAUAGAGGAUAUUAUCUAUAAUGUCUUCAAUCUAAGCUGCACUGCCAAGGUUAUCCCACAUUCCAUGUUCCAAGAUCCUAAUUAUGGUGAAGCCUAUGUUAUCUUCAAGGCAAGGGAUAUGGCAGACAUGGUUGUUCGAAAGAUCAAUAGUGGGUGUCUGAUGCAAGAGAAUGGAAGACCUCUCGUCUGCAGUAAAGGCCUUCUAAAGGUGCCAUCAAAGUCAUCAACAUCUUCAUUCACUGGUCAUUUAGUAAUUGACAAAGUUAGGCUCCAAAUGCAACGGGAUGAGAUGAGGAAGGCUGUGUCAACAUCACAUUGCUCUCAGCCAAACACAAUCGAAUAUGAAAUGGCCUUGGAAUGGAUGCUUGCACAAGAGAAGUCAGCCGCGUCACUGAAUCUAUUGAACAAGGUGCAUCAUGAUGAGAUAAGAAAAGUUAGAAGGAGCUUAAAGGCGUAGUAGAACCAUCUUUGUGAAUACUAACCUGUUUUGAUUCCUAGUUUUGUCAUCAACCUUGUUCCCAAGGUUGCUCAUCGGAUAGCUAUUAAAUAUACAUCCUUGUGAAAAACAACAGUAAACUUGAGGGGUUGUUAGGACGGGAGAAUGGGAAGGCAGUUUUGAACCAAUCCAUCACUCUGGUUUAUGCUUAAAUGGCCAGUUAUUCCUCUCAGAGAGAGCUUUGGCCAGAAAACUGAUGAGCCUGUGUUCAUUGUAUCUUCUCUUUGAGAUGAAAUUUUGUGGUAUGAAUGAUAGAUUUGACAUCUUGAUUACGCCUUAAUGUUUGAAUGUUGGUGGCAUGGUUUAUUAAGUUCUCCAUCCAUCUUUACUCA